AUGUCGCGUCCUUUGCUAACGUUCGCUGUGGCGAGCAGUUCAGCUCUUCUCCUUACUGCCAUGUUCGCUACUGUCUGGAUGUUUAUGGAUAUGAGCCAGUACGAGGAUGACUUCAUGAAUAAAUUAUCGAACUUCAAGGAAGAGUCUAGCGAGCUUUGGGAUCAAAUCAUGUCGGACGAUCAUCAUCGCUCCGCAAGAGCAGUGAGAAAACAUCGGACUCAUCGCAAACUGCGUCUGCAAGGCGCUCGAACAGCAGACUACGCACAAGGAGCGACAUCAUCGGAAGAAGCUAGGGGAGCAGGAGCAUCCGUUAAUGGAAAUGACGAGAAGGGAGCAUCUGGUUGCUCGUGCCCAACUACAUCAUGUCCAGCAGGUCCACCAGGACCACCUGGAGGCGCUGGAACGCCAGGAGAGGAUGGAUCCAACGGCGUAGAUGGCAAGCCGGGCAUGCCAGGACCUAUGAUUAACUUUGGUGACGUACCAAAGGAAUGUAUAAAGCCCGCUGUUGGCGGUGGUGAAGUACGUACGGAAACAUCUAUUAGUGGAAAUGGUGAUGUACGUACGGCAACAUCUAUUGGUGCAAAUGGUGCUGCAGCGCCUUCAAUGAAGCCGACGUCGAUGGAGGAGGUUAAGAAAGGAAUGACGUCUUCAUCUACUGGUUCUACCUCCACUGAAACUGAGUUCGCAGUAGCCGGUGGUGGCGCAGAACAUGUUGCAACAUCCAGCAGUGGAAAUGGUGUUUCAGGAAAUUCGAGAGAGUCAACAUCGAUGGAAGAAUAUGAAGAAGGGAAGCCGUCUGCAUCCGCUGGUUCUUCAGUUGUACUCGAACAUGAAACUGUAGUAGCUGGCGGAGGUUCACAGCCUACUUCCUCAUCGGACUCUGGUAGUGUAGCUCUAAAGUCCUCAGCGGGUUUGGAAACCGUAAAUGUUAAACCUCCAAGUGGAGCAGCAUCGGAAGCAAUCACAGUCUUGGAAACCCUAUCAGAAAAGGCUUCAUCUGGUGAGGAUGGCAAUGAAGCGUUGCCAUCCGUCAGCAGUGUGGAGAGCGCCAGCGUUAGUAGCUCUGGUGCCACGGGUGGAGUACCCACAGGCACAACUUCAGGUGCUACAUCAGCAGCAUCCUCUACGACUGCUGCUUCGGCAGCAUCCCCUGCAAUUAGUAGUACUAUAGAAUUG